UAAAGAGCUCGUGUAGCCUAUCGAUCGAGCCAUCAGCCAUAGAUUAGCCUUCUCGUCAUAGAUAGAUCAUAGAGAUCCGCCGAACCCGACGAGGAGAGAGAUCGAUCAUGGCUAGCUUUCAUGUCGCCGACGCGUCGGAGUACCUGGCCAUCACCGGCUGGGGCAUCAAGGACGUGAAGCUCGCCAAGAAGGCGUGGGUGUUCGUGGGGCAGCAAUGCAAGAAGUUCUGCAUCUCGCCCGUCAACUACGAGUUCGAGGUGCACGCCAUGAGCGCCGAGAAGCUGCCCUUCAUCCUCCCCGCCGUCUUCACCAUCGGCCCCAAGAUCACCGCCACGGGCGACGACGAGGCCGACAGGAAGGAGCUCGAGGCGCAGCUCCUGCUCUACGCCAAGCUCAUCGCCCCGCUGCAUCGCAACACCAGCCACAUCCAUAACCUCGUCAAGGGGGUCAUCGAGGGGGAGACCCGCGUGCUCGCCGCCGAGCUCACCAUGGAGGAGAUCUUCAAGGGGACCAAGACCUUCAAGGAGAAGGUGUUCGAGAUGGUGCAGCUGGAGCUGAAGCAGUUCGGGCUCUUCAUCUACAACGCCAACGUGAAGCAGCUGGUGGACGUGCCGGGGCACGAGUACUUCUCCUACCUCGGGCAGAAGACGCAGCAGGACGCGGCCAACCAGGCCAAGGUGGACGUGGCGGAGGCCCGGAUGAAGGGAGAGGUGGGCGCCAAGGAGAGGGAGGGGCUGACCAAGCAGAACGCCGCCAAGGUGGACGCCGAGACCAAGGUGCUGUCGGUGCGGCAGAUGGGACAGGGGCUCAAGGAGGAGGCCAAGGUGAAGGCGGAGGUGCAGGUGUUUGAGAAUGCAAGGGAGGCGGACAUCGCCGCGGCCAAGGCCGAGCUCGCCAUGAAGAAGGCCGGGUGGGACAAGCAGGCCAAGGUGGCCGAGGUUGAGGCGGCCAAGGCCGUCGCCAUCCGCGAGGCCGAGCUCCAGAUGGAGGUCGAGAUUAAGAACGCCAUGCGACAGACUGAGAAGCUCAAGGCCGAACAGCUCAGCAAGGCCACCGUGCAGUACGAGACGCAGGUUCAAGACUCAAACGCGCUGCUCUACAGCAGGCAGAAGGCAGCUGAGGCGGCGCUGUUCGAGCAGAUGAGGACGGCGGAGGCGCGCAAGGCGCAGGCCGACGCCAAGUUUUUCGAGCAGAAGAUGGCCGAGGACGCCAAGCUCUACGCCAAGCAGAAGGAGGCAGAGUCCGUGGCUCUGGUGGGCAAGGCCAAGACAGAGUACGUGGCGUCCAUGCUCCAGGCGCUCGGCGGCAACUACCACGCUCUCAGAGACUACCUCAUGAUCGACGCCGGCAUGUACACGGAGAUGGCUCGCAUCAACGCCGGAGCAGUCAAUGGCAUGCAGCCCAAGAUCAGCAUCUGGAGUAACGGUGGUGGUGACGCCGGGAACGCGGGCGGAGAGGCUGCCGCCGGCAGCGCGCUGCAGCAGGUGGCCGGGGUCUACAAGAUGCUCCCGCCGCUUCUGUCGACGGUGCACGAGCAGACAGGGAUGUUGCCGCCGGCGUGGAUGUGUACUCUGCCCAAGGACGGUGAUGCCAACUAA